UGCAAAAGAUUGCUAUCAGCGUCACCUAACUCUGUAACUGGCGUUCCUCUCCGCCGCUGCUUGCUUCCCGACCCCGUGAAUCUUACAAUGUCGUUGUCGUUAAGGUUGAGGCGCUCUUCGUUUCUUAUUUCCUUUCACUCUCACUCUCACUCUCACUCUCGCUUUCAUUCUUCCUUUCACAAUCCUGGUGAUGCCAUCUCACACUUCAAUCGCAUGCUUCAAAUGCCUUCUACCCCACCCAUCUUCGAAUUCAACAAGGUUUUAACUUCACUUGUUAAGACGAAGCAUUACUCCACCGCCAUUUCACUUUCUCACCAAAUGGAGUUCACCGGAAUCAAGCCAAGCCUUGUUACUAUGAACAUCUUGAUCAAUUGCUACUGCCACCUAGGUCAAAUCAAUUCCGCUUUUUCUGUACUCGCCGGAAUUCUCAAGAGAGGUUAUCAGCCAGACACCAUCACCUUCACUACUCUCAUCAAAGGUCUCUGUCUUCACGGCAAGAUUCAAAGAGCACUACAAUUUCAUGAUGACGUGCUAGCUCAGGGAUUUCUAUUGAACCAAGUCAGUUACGGGACCUUGAUCAAUGGGCUAUGUAAAUUGGGGGAAACAAGUGCUGCUUUGGAGUUGCUUAGGCGGAUUGAAGGGCGAGGGAUUAAACCUGAUGUGGUAAUGUACAACACCAUCAUCGAUAGCCUGUGUAAAGAUAAGCUUGUAAGUCAUGCUUUUGAUUUAUAUUCUGAAAUGGUUGCCAAGGGAAUAUCUCCUAAUGUAGUCACGUACAGUGCUUUAAUAUAUGGCUUUUGCAUUGUUGGUCAAUUGAAACAAGCAAUUGGGUUGCUAGAUGAAAUGGGAUUGAAAAACAUAGACCCAGAUGUUUAUACUUAUACUAUAUUGGUCGAUGCUUUAGGUAAGGAAGGGAAGGUGAGAGAAGCUAAGAACAUGUUAGCUGUGAUGAUUAAACAAGUUAAUGAAGUGAAUAAAGCCCAAGAUGUAUUCAAUGCUAUGUCUCAACGAGGAGAGACUCCAGAUGUUCAUAGCUACAAUAUCAUAAUCAACGGACUAUGUAAGAUUAAAAUGGCUGAUGAAGCCUUGAAUCUCCUUGCAGAAAUGGAUUACAAAAAGGUUGUUCCUGAUACAGUUACCUACAAUUCUCUUAUUGAUGGUUUAUGCAAAACAGAGAGAGUCUCUCAUGCUUGGGAGCUUCUUGAUGAGAUGCAUGUGAAGGGUCAACCAGCCAAUAUAAUCACCUAUAAUUCUUUAUUGGAUGCUUUAUGCAAGAGCCAUCAUGUUGACAAAGCAAUUGCAUUGAUCAAGAAAAUUAAAGACCAGGGUGUUCAGCCAGAUUUAUGCACAUACAAUAUACUUAUGGAUGGACUAUGCAAAGCUGGAAGACUUAAGGAUGCGCAAGAGAUUUUUCAUGAUCUUUUGAUAAAAGGCUAUCAUAUAACUGUCCAUACAUAUACUGUUAUGAUCAAUGGACUUUGUAAAGAAGGCUUGUUUGAUGAAGCGUUGGCCUUGCUGUCAAAAAUGGAAAUUGAGGGUUGUACUCCUAAUGCUAUAACUUUUGAAUCUAUUAUCCGUUCACUCUUUGAAAAUGGUGAGAAUGACAAGGCUGAGAAACUUCUUCUUGAAAUGAUUGAUAAAGGUCUACUGGAAAAAUUAUAAAUACACACGGAAAAGAAGACAUACAUUUUGAUUAGUUUAAUGUUUUUAUCAGGUAAUGUUCCGAUGUACCAAAAAAAAAUGUUUUUAUCAGGUUCCAGAUUACUCACUACCUGGAGGCGCAGGACCAUGGCAGAAAGAGAGCAAGGUAUAUCGGUGUUAAAGACAGUGAAACAUAUUGAAGUUCAUGAGUUUUGG